UCACAAACAGAGAUGGAAGAGAAAACUUAGGAAGUUAAAGUUCAGCAUUAAAAUAAAGAAAGUGCGACCAAAGACCCCGCGCACCUUCCUUAGAGUUUAUUCGUUCCAAGUGCCUCUCCGCUUAGUACGCCUGCGCGCGCGCAAACAGCGGCCCCACCUCUCCGUUGGGGACGCAAAGCGUGCGUCGGGACGCGGGGUGCGGGUUGCGCAUGCGUCCUCGUUGCGACGGCCUCUUGCUCCGGUGCUGGUCCCGGGAACCGCGGAGGGUGGGGACCCCCUUGGUCCUUCUUGUUCUGUCAGUGAGCCCCUGCCAAGACCAUGAAGCUUGUGCGGAAGGACAUUGAGAAGGACAAUGCGGGCCAGGUGACCCUGGUCCCGGAGGAGCCUGAGGACAUGUGGCACACUUACAAUCUAGUGCAGGUGGGCGACAGCUUGCGCGCCUCCACCAUCCGCAAGGUACAGACCGAGUCCUCCACAGGCAGCGUGGGAAGCAACCGGGUCCGCACUACCCUCACUCUCUGCGUGGAAGCCAUCGACUUCGACUCCCAAGCCUGCCAGCUGCGGGUCAAGGGGACCAACAUCCAAGAGAAUGAGUAUGUCAAGAUGGGGGCUUACCACACCAUCGAGCUGGAGCCCAACCGCCAGUUUACCCUGGCCAAGAAACAGUGGGACAGUGUGGUUCUGGAGCGCAUCGAGCAGGCCUGUGACCCAGCCUGGAGCGCUGAUGUGGCGGCUGUGGUCAUGCAGGAAGGCCUCGCCCAUAUCUGCUUAGUCACUCCUAGCAUGACCCUCACUCGGGCCAAGGUGGAGGUGAACAUCCCUAGGAAACGGAAAGGCAACUGCUCCCAGCAUGACCGGGCCUUGGAGCGCUUCUAUGAACAGGUGGUCCAGGCCAUCCAGCGCCACAUACACUUUGAUAUUGUAAAGUGCAUCUUGGUGGCAAGCCCAGGAUUUGUGAGGGAGCAGUUCUGCGACUACAUGUUUCAACAGGCAGUGAAGACCGACAACAAAGUGCUUCUGGAAAACCGGUCCAAAUUUCUUCAGGUACAUGCCUCCUCUGGACACAAGUACUCCCUGAAAGAGGCCCUUUGUGACCCUACUGUAGCUAGCCGCCUUUCAGACACUAAAGCUGCUGGGGAAGUAAAAGCCUUGGAUGACUUCUAUAAAAUGUUACAACAUGAACCUGACCGAGCUUUCUAUGGACUCAAGCAGGUGGAGAAGGCCAAUGAAGCCAUGGCAAUUGACACAUUGCUCAUCAGUGAUGAGCUCUUCAGGCACCAAGAUGUAGCCACACGGAGCCGGUAUGUGAGGCUGGUGGACAGUGUGAAAGAGAAUGCAGGCACGGUUAGGAUAUUCUCUAGUCUUCAUGUAUCUGGGGAACAGCUUAGCCAACUGACUGGGGUAGCUGCCAUUCUCCGAUUCCCUGUCCCUGAACUCUCUGACCAGGAAGAUGAUUCCAGUUCUGAAGAGGAUUAAUGACAGAAACUUAAAAUUGAGACAACCUGUGUCUCACUCCGUCAUUGUUACAGUACACUUCUCAGCACCCUUGUGACAGAAAGCUGCAAGAGUGGCACUUUUUGAUUGACACAGGGAUUUCUUAUGUAUUUAGCCACACUAGGUAUUUUGUGGUUGGCAGGACAUGUAUUCAAACUAAAUAAUAAACUAAAAGGAAAUAAUCUCUCUGUACUACCA